AUGUGGAACGAGGUCGUUCCCGCCAUCCCUCUGAACCUCAUCACAGCAAACGUCUUGUUAUUCAUCAGUGUGUUUACACUGACGUAUAAGGACGCUGUAUGGGCGAAAUUGGCUCGUAUGUUUGCUGCGCCGUUCAUCGUGGUAUUCUCCCUUCGGCUUGUGUCUGGCGAUAGUGCGAAGCCAGAAAAUGCCAUUAAUUUUUUGGUGCCAGCCGUUUCAAUUGGUUACGCGUACGACAUGAUCAUGCAUGCUAUCGACCUAUCGAUUGGCAGUCUAUAUGACACGUCCCCGCCUCACUGGGUCUCCCAUCGAUCAGGGAAGACACUUCCUCUUCCUCAUUCUAUCCGAGGGAGACUACUCUAUGCGUUAGACCAGUUAAUCGCAGUUCGGGGGGCCAGUCUACUUGCUGACAGGCACUGGGACUUUUCUCCUUCUCAAAUCGUCGAAUAUCGCUCCCCAUAUCCUUCGAAGUUCUCUUUCAUGAAAUCUGCUAUAAUGCAGAUAUUCCAAUACUACCUUCUUCUGGACAUUGUUGACACGUUGGUAAAGCGAUACUCCGUGUGCAACCCUGCAUCUCUUCAUCCCAUAUUUGAACUUCCGAUUAUCACCCAAUGCCUGUUUGGAGUGGUCAUUGCCUCUUGUGCGGUGGGGUCUGUGUCUAUCAUGUACUACGCCCUCGCCGUUGUUCUUGUCGGGACGGGAUUGUCCAGUGACCUGGACCUUUGGGCCCCGUUUUCGACCGACCAUUCCUUAGUCCUUCUGUAUCACAUUUCUGGAGUCGUGGAUGGCAUCUUCUAUAUCGAAGACGUUUUGUUCGAUUCUCCAGAAACGGCUUCGUCAAAGAAAUACAAGUCCGAUAUCCCACCAUCCCACCAAUUCAUCUCCGUGGCGGUCGCCUUCUUAGCUUCCGCAUGGAUACACACCCUGAUUGCAGACAAGACGUCCGGAGGCCGUCAAAACCACGAAUACCCGACGAUCUUCCACAAGCGUCCAGAAUUCUUCUUCUUUGCCAUACAACCCCUCGGGAUUGCUGUUGACCGAUCCAUCGCCCAUCUCGGUGGUUCUGGUACAAAGGUUCGUUUUGCAAGGCGGUUAUGGGCAUGGGUUUUCUUGUUGUGGACGAGUCGGUGGAUGGCGGAUGGGACAUUAAGGGGUCAAGAGUUGGGUCUACUUCCCAUAAGCCCCGUUAGAGGUGUUCUGUCUGGAGAUUGGACAGGGAAGGAGAGCGUCAAAGUGGCACUAGCCAGGAUGAAUGCGGUUUCUUGA